CUCAUUAUUUAUCAACAACAAACAACAAUGUCAUUUCAAGACUUUAGAAUUGCACUUGGAGGAUUCCUGGGUGUCACCGGUGGUGCAGCCCUGGCUGGUCUAGGAGGUUGGUACCUCUACAACAGUGAGAUCGGAAGCAUGGAUUUCAUUCUUGGAUCAGUUCUCAGUAUUGGUGGAGGCAUCGUGCUUAUUGACACCAUGAGAGCAAAG